GCAAAAAGAACAAAACUCUGUCACAUACACACACACACACACACAAAAAGGGGGGGGCUGUUCAAGGCAUAUGCCUGUAGGAGGUCAACCUUGAGUGUUUAGACACAAGAGCUCCUGAGACAUUAAACCCUGGAGUAGAUCAUGGGAGACCUGAGAACCACGUAUAAGUGAGUUUAAGGUUCCCCUUCCUCGUUCUCCAGUGAGCACUGGUGGAAGUGUUCAUUGGCUCAAACCAGCAUGUGUUUGAUGAUUUAGGAUUCAGUGACGUUUGAUGAUGUGGCUGUGGAGUUCACCCCAGAGGAGUGGGUUUUACUGGACACAACUCAGAAAUACCUCUACAGAGAUGUGAUGCUGGAGAACUACAUGAACCUGGCCUCUGUGGAUUUCUUUUUCUGCUUAACUUCAGAAUGGGAAAUACAACCUAGAACCAAACGGUCAUCACUUCAGCAGGGUUUUUUGAAGAAUCAAAUAUUCACUGGCAUACAAAUGCAGACAAGAAACUACAGUGGAUGGAAACUCUGUGAGAAUUGUGGAGAGGUCUUCAGUGAACAGUUUUGCCUUAAGACACACAUGAGAGCUCAGAAUGGAGGGAACACUUCUGAGGGUAAUUGUUACGGAAAAGACGUCCUCAGUGUGCACAAGGAAGCCUCUAUUGGACAGGAACUUUCCAAAUUUAAUCCAUGUGGAAAAGUUUUCACCUUAACUCCAGGCCUUGCUGUACAUCUUGAAAUUCUCAAUGGAAGACAACCCUAUAAAUGUAAGGAAUGUGGAAAAGGCUUUAAGUAUUUUGCGAGCCUUGAUAAUCACAUGGGAAUCCACAUUGGAGAGAAACUCUGUGAAUUUCAGGAAUGUGAGAGGGCCAUCACACCUUCCUCACACCUAAAGCAGUGUGUAACAGUUCAUACUGGAAGGAAAUCUGAAAAGACUAAGAAUUGUGGGAAAUCCUUCACUAAUUUUUCUCAACUUUCUGCACAUGCGAAAACUCAUAAAGGAGAGAAGUCCUUUGAAUGUAAAGAAUGUGGAAGAUCCUUUAGAAAUUCCUCAUCCUUUAAUGUUCAUAUUCAGAUUCACACUGGAAUAAAACCACACAAAUGUACGGAAUGUGGGAAAGCCUUCACUAGAUCAACUCACCUUACUCAACAUGUAAGAACUCACACUGGAAUAAAACCCUAUGAAUGUAAGGAAUGUGGCCAAGCCUUCACUCAAUACACAGGCCUUGCUAUACACAUACGAAAUCACACUGGAGAGAAACCCUAUCAGUGUAAGGAAUGUGGGAAAGCCUUCAAUAGAUCUUCAACGCUUACUCAACAUAGAAGAAUUCACACAGGAGAGAAGCCUUAUGAAUGUGUUGAAUGUGGGAAGACCUUCAUUACUUCUUCCCAUCGUAGUAAACAUUUGAAAACUCACAGUGGAGAAAGGUAAAUGCAAGAAAUGUGGGAAGGCAUUUCUGUAUUCCUCACCCCUAAUGUUCACCUGCAAACUCGUACCAGAGAGAAACCCUUCGUAUGUAAAGAAUGUGGGAAAGCAGGCUGGGCGCAGUGGCUCACGCCUGUAAUCCCAGCACUUUGGGAGGCCGAGGCAGGUGGAUCAUGAGGUCAGGAUAUCGAGACCACCCUGGCUAACAUGGUGAA